CAAGACUUGAAGACGAGGUACGUAAAGUUUCGGAAAGACUGGCCCUUAUUUGGCGUCACGUUGAUGUGUGAUUCAUGGACUGGGCCGACGAGGAUGAGUGUCAUCAACUUUUUGAUAUACUGCAAUGGAGUCAUGUGGUUCCACAAGUCUAUUGAUGCGAGUGGAAGAACUCAAGAUAGCACAUAUUUGCUUAGGGAGAUUCGAAAGGUGGUGGACGAGAUUGGACCGGAGAAUGUCGUGCAUAUAGUCACCGAUAAUGGCUCGAAUUACAAGAAAGCUUGCAAGGCACUAGGAGAGGUGUAUGAACACAUUCUUUGGACACCUUGUCUAGCACACACCGUCAAUUUGAUGUUGAAGGAUAUAGCUCGAAGGCCCGAACAUUCUGGUACGAUCAAGCAAUGCAAGCGAAUUUCUAAUUGGUUACACAAUCAUGGUCAGUUGAAUACAAUGAUGAGGAACGCAAUCGGUGGUGAGUUGGUCAAGUGGAAUGCCACUCGAUUUGGAACCAAUUACAUGUUCUUAGAGAGCAUCUAUCGGAAACGUGAUCGUUUCAUGCAGUGGAUGGCAUCUACUGAGUUUUUACAAAGCAAAUGGACAGAUACCGAAGAUGGUCGAUUUACUCAUUCCAGGUUUUCAAAUUUGGAGUGGUGGGACGGAUUGAAAUAUGUCAUCGACACAGUUCAAGCAAUAUACAAGUUCCUUCGCUUCGCUGAUCAGGACAAGCGGCCCAACAUGUGCGAAGUCGUGAUGUCGUACCAGAAUACGAGACAGGAGCUGCAAUCUUUCUUUGGAAAUAAUGUUUCCACUCGGGACGAGUAUCUUAAGGUUAUGGACGAUAGGAUGCGUGACCUUUUCAUAGGCACGUAUGUGGGUCCAGCUGCUGUCCUAAAUCCGAGGUAUUCAUACACGAUGGAACCAACUCAAGAAAUGUUCCGUGGACUCAAGGAUACAUUUGAGCGCAUGACGGAUGUCCAGAGCGCCGUGCAGGCAUUGCAGGAGCUUGAGGUGUUUCGGCAGAAGGUUGGCGAGUUUGGCAGUGAAAUGGCAAUGAGAAUGGCGAUGGAUCCAAAGACAUCCCCAUGUAAGAGUUACUCCGUAACAUAUUGUUGUUUUCUCUAUAUUUGAAUAUAUUGCUUACAUACUUGGUUGCACAUACAGCGUCCUGGUGGAUAAUGUUCGGAUCAAGCACUCCAAAACUGCAGUAUCUUGUCAUGCGGCUUGUUUCACAAUGUUGUUCGUCCAGUGGAUGCGAGCGCAACUGGAGUACUUUUGCCUUGCUGCAUACAAAAGUUCGCAAUCGAUUGUCGCACAAGAAACUUAACAAGCUGGUCUAUGUCAACUACAACC